CGCGCCGGGCACAGGCCGCCGAGCCGCGAGCCUGCGAGACGCGCGCGCCGGUCCGAGUCCCCGCGCCCCGCACACGCCGCGAUGGCCAGCGAGGAGCUGGCGCGCAAGCUGCAGCGGAGACUGCGGGCCGCGGGAGCGCAGGGGGGCUGCCCGGAGCCCGCACCCCUCGCCGCCGCCGCCGCAGCCCCGGAGCCCGAGCCCGAGCCGCCCGCCGGGGCGCCCGCCGCCAGCGCCGACGCCGACGCCGAGCUGAGCGCGCAGCUGAGCCGCCGGCUGGACAUCACCGAGGGCGCGGCGCGGCCCCGCCGCUGCAAGGUCUUCAACCCCUACACCGAGUUCCCCGAGUUCAGCCGCCGCCUCAUCAAGGACCUGGAGCGCCAGUUCAAACAGUAUGAUGCUGGACGGGACGGCUUCAUCGACCUGAUGGAGCUGAAGCUGAUGAUGGAGAAACUGGGGGCCCCCCAGACCCACCUGGGCCUGAAAAGCAUGAUCAAGGAGGUGGACGAGGACUUUGACGGCAAGCUCAGCUUCCGUGAGUUCCUGCUCAUCUUUCACAAGGCUGCCGCAGGGGAGCUGCAGGAGGAGAGUGGGCUGAUGGCCUUGGCAAAGCUGUCCGAGAUCGAUGUUGCCCUGGAGGGCGUCAAGGGUGCCAAGAACUUCUUUGAAGCCAAGGUCCACGCCUUGGCCUGUGCCAGUAAGUUUGAAGCUGAGCUGAAAGCUGAGCAAGAAGAGCGGAAGCAGGAGGAGGAGAAGAGGAGGAUCCGCCAGGCCGCCUUCCGGGAGCUCAAGGCCACUUUUAGCACAUAGUCGGGGGACCUUGACCUCUGUCUACAGCUGUGCCUCACAGAUGCCCCUGGGAGAGCUGGCCAGGCAUCCUGGCCCCCAACUUGAUUCCUUGCCCCAACCAGCCUCCACACCCAGUCAAGCAAACUCCUUCGCCUCAGGGCAGCAGGGAGCGCUCUCACCCCCAGGUGAGAGAGACUAGCUGUUCCUUGCCUUUCUUUUCCUCCCACGUUGCUCUGCCCUUUUCUGUAGCCAGAACGUGCCUCGGUUUGGCCACCUGUGACUUUUCCUUGUUCCUUUUCCUCUUCCACAUUAAAGAGUGGCAACAAAUUGUACAGACACUUCUUCCCUUGGUGGUCCUCAGAGGAGAGGAUCCUUGGGGGCUGUGAUGUUAAUGUUGCCCAUUUUCUUGGGUAAUUCUCUGCCCCGCCCUCCCACUCCUCCGUCCCCCCCCCACCCCUUUUGUUUCCCAUCAGCUGCCCUGUUCUCAUUCUUAGCCUGAGCCUGCCAGUUGCCUUUGCAUCCUCAUCUUUUGAGGGUGGUGAAGUUUGAGGCAGGUCAAACUGGACGGUUGUCUGUCCCCUCGCCAACAGGGGGUGUGGCAUGCUGCCAAGAUGACACAAAAUAGAGAAAAGAUAAAUUCUGUUCCUUUCCAUCACUUUCCUCCUGUCCCCUAGCAUUUCCCCCAGACCCACCUUCAUUCAUGCCUCCCCAUUUCAGCCUUUUUUUCUACCCCUAAAUACUCUACUACAUACUUAUAAUAAAAUAAUAAUUAGAAGUACUAUUAACGAGUAGAAAAAUUCCUGCUAACUCUGACUCUAUGCAAAUUAUAUUACAGUAGACCCCUGACAUUCACAACUGACAAAUCUAGAGUCUUUUAAAAUCCCAAAGGUCAUGUCCACCCUCAUCAUGUGGAAAGUUUCCAACAUCCGCUCCAAAGCGGUGACGGUGUUCUAAACCUCCCGCACACAUUUUCAAAUCUCCAGGGUUCUUGGGAUUGUGUACACAUGCCAGGGGUUUAUUGUUGUAUUUUUAAAAAGUAAUUCCUAAUGUCAUAUUUAUUCCCUUUUGUAACUGCUGUCUUUACAAUAAAGAAAACAUCUGCAGUUCUACCUUACAGCUGUCUCUUUUUAAAUAAACUGUGCAAUUAGACUUUGCCAUCA